UUCCUUUUCAUCCAGACAGCGCCCGGGGCGGCAGGUUGGCUCAUCUCCUCCCACGGAGCUCCUGCCCCACCAGGCAGGUGCCGCUGCGUCCCAGUCUCUUGGGGAUUGGGGAGAGAGGCAGAGCAGGACCUGUGGCCUUGGCAGCAGGGGUCUGUGCUUUGCUGGCUCACCAGGCCUAGGUGCCCGGUGCCGCGCUCGUUGGGACUGGUUGUGGAGGUGGCGCUGGGCAGGAAAGGCGCCAUGUGGGCCGGGUGUGCCAGCAUCAUGGGCUGGUUCCUUUUCAUCCAGACAGUGCCCGGGGUGGCAGGCGGCCAUCCCUGCAAUGCCAAGAACUUUGGCCACGACUCUCUGGUGUGUGAGUGCAACGCCUCCUAUUGUGACACGCUGGAUCCCGUUGUUGUCCCGGCCCUGGGCACAUACGCCAAGUAUGAGAGCAGCAAGGCGGGCAAGCGGCUGGAGCGCAGCGAGGGGAGGUUCCAGAGCGACUCCAUGGCCCCAGAUCUGUUGCUGAAGCUGGACACGGCGCAGCGGUACCAGAAAGUGAAGGGCUUUGGCGGGGCUCUCACAGACUCGGCUGCAAUGAACAUCAUGGCCCUGUCCCCGGGUGCCCAGACCAACCUACUCAAGUCGUACUUCUCAGAGGAAGGGAUCGAGUACAACCUGGUCCGCAUCCCCAUGGCCAGCUGUGACUUCUCAGUCCGGCUCUACACCUACGACGACUCCGAGGGGGACUUUGAGCUGAGGAACUUCAGCCUGACUGAGGAGGACACGAAGCUGAAAAUCCCCAUUCUCCAGCACGCCCAGGCCGUGGCCAGGACACCGCUCUCCCUGUACGCCAGUCCCUGGACGUCCCCCACCUGGCUGAAAACCAACGGAGCCAUGACAGGCAGGGGCACGCUGAAGGGGAAGCCGGGGGACAAGUAUCACAAGACCUGGGCCAACUACUUCAUCAGGUUCCUGGACGAAUACGCUAAGCACAACCUGACGUUCUGGGCGGUGACGGCUGGGAACGAGCCCACGGCUGGAGAGAUUGUCUUCUACCCCUUCCAAUGCCUGGGCUUCUCCCCCGAGCACCAGCGGGACUUCAUCGCCCAGGACCUGGGCCCGGCGCUGGCCAACAGCUCGCACAGGGGCAUUCAGCUCAUCAUGCUGGACGACCAGCGAGUGAUGCUGCCCUACUGGGCGGAAGUGAUCCUGAAUGACCCCGUGGCCGCCAGCUUCAUCAAUGGCAUCGGCAUCCACUGGUACCUGGACUUCCUGGCUCCCAUCGACCUCACGCUGUCCAUCACCCACCACCUCUUCCCCAGCUACUACCUGCUCUCCACAGAGGCCUCCACAGGGUCCUACUUCUGGGAGCCCAGGGUGGUUCUGGGCGGCUGGGACCGAGGGAGCAAGUACAGCCACAGCAUCCUCACGAACCUGAACAACUACGUCACCGGCUGGACCGACUGGAACCUGGCCCUGGACCUGGAGGGGGGGCCCAACUGGAGCAAGAACUAUGUGGACAGCCCGGUCAUCGUGGACAGCAGCAAGGACCUCUUCUACAAGCAGCCCAUGUUCUACCACAUGGGCCAUUUCAGCAAGUUCGUCCCCGAGGGCUCCCAGCGUGUGCGGCUGGUCAUCUCCAAGAAAUGCUACAAGUGCAUCCUGGAGUACGCGGCCUUCCUGCGCCCGGACGGUGCCGCCGUGCUCGUGGUCCUGAACAGGUACCCCACGGACGUGCCGUUCGGGAUUUCCGACCCAGGCGUUGGCUUCAUUGAGGCUGUGGCUCCGGCUGACUCCAUCCAGACCUACCUGUGGAGACGCUAA